AGAGAUUGAAGCUGCGGAAGCCUCGCGCUCGCAGUUCUACAGUCGAAGGCAACGGGAGAGAGUUCGGGGCGUAGAGGAAUCUCCACCUUCGGAGGAAAAGCGGAAGCAGAGGGCCCACCGAUGUCGGCGAUUUGGGCCACCAUCGAUUCCUGAGCUUUAGACUCCGCCAUUGUCUGGCUCUUUGGAGGAGCGUGCACUUUUCACCUUCUCGGGCAAUUUCCUCCCUCUCCUGCUUCUCUCAAUAAGAAGCGAGAGGAAGUGUGGUGAAGGCGGCAGAGUUUUCGCCUCGCGGUGAAUUUCCUGCCGGGCUUUUGAAUCUAUUUGCGGUUUGGAGUGUGAUUCGUCGCCGAAUUUUGCGGAGUGAUUACCCGCACUAAGCGAUAACUGUUCCUGCCGUGCAUUGAUCUCAACACUUCGUUCUUGUGUGGAGAGUCCUCAGGCCGGCUCUGCUGUGCUCCUCAUUCAGGAUACAUCCCGGAGCUUGGAAGACAGGGAGCGGAGGAGCUCGCGAAACUCUAGCUACCUGCGGGUGAGGAGAGGGUCGGAUUGCAGGCUGAGCGCCAACGAGCGAAAAUGGCCGGGAGCUUGUGGAAAUCGUCGAUCGCCGCCACCGUAGUGUUCAUGGUGUUCGUUUUCAUCGCGAAGAGCCCCGUAAUCGAGUCGGCGCUGAAGUCUAAUCUCGGUGUCAGUUUCACCCCACUCGGGAGCUUGGGUUAUAUUUCGAGGACUCCGUUCUCCAUCCUGGAUGUGCCUGCCCGCCCGGCCUCUUUGACUCCCGGCUGGCCCAAUGAAUACAGGGAAUCAAACUCGAAGGAAUUGGUAUUCUCAAAGCGGCCACACGAGUAUCUGGAUAUGACCUCGUUACCUGAAUAUUUCGAUUGGAGAAACGUAAAUGGAACGAGCUACGUAACCAAGGACUUGAAUCAGCACAUUCCUGUCUAUUGCGGAUCCUGCUGGGCUCAUGCUGCCUUGAGUUCUCUCGCAGAUCGGCACAAAAUUUUACGGCGUGCUCAGUGGCCUGACAUUCACUAUUCCAUUCAAGUUGUAUUGAACUGCGCACCAAAUGCCGGAACAUGUCAUGGUGGCAACCAUCUCGAAACCUUUAAGUACAUUCACGAGAACGGAAUCCCCGAGGAAACAUGCCAGUUGUACAAAGCAGUGGACGAGGAGUGUACUCUACUCAACAUUUGCCGUGAUUGCACGCCACCUGUUGGAAACGCAGACUACUGUAAACCUGUUCUUGGCUACACCAAACAUUGGGUCUCGGAGUAUGGGCAUGUUGAAGGAGAGCUCAACAUGAUGGCGGAGAUAUACGAGAGAGGACCCAUUGCCUGCAGCCUAAACGCAAGUGUCCUUCACUCGUACAGAGGAGGCAUUGUGAUUGAACCAGAAUCAACAGACACUGAUCAUGUCGUAAGCGUCAGCGGCUGGGGUGUGGAAAAUGGUGUCAAGUAUUGGAUAGUUCGAAACUCUUGGGGAACCUACUGGGGAGAAAAAGGAUGGUUCAGAGUCGUACGAGGUGUGAACUCUUUGGACAUAGAGAAAAAGUGUUCUUGGGCGGUUCCCAAAGAUGGAGGUUUCUGCUUUUCCGCUCACGGCAACAAAAAGUGCUGAAGAUCUUUCGAAAUUCGUUGUCUGGGAUUCUCUGUAUCGUUGCUCUUACACUGUACACUCUUGGAGCUGUACGGAGCGUCGCUUGUCUGCUCUAGAGAAGCCUGAAGUAAUCAACCUCACUCAUCGGGUCGAACCUUGACGAUACGGACGAAUGGAGUGGAGAUAAGUCAAUGUUCGUCCUUGUCUCACUUCGUGUGUUAUGUACAAAAGAAGGUUUCUCUAUCCAUUACGUCUCAGAACGAGUGUGUGGAGAGCAUCACACCGCUGUCAUUCAACCUCUGUACUAUACCUGUACGUAGCGAUGGUCUUAAGUUAGAAUGACUGUACAGUUUUAAUCGUUCGUCUACCAUUACAUCUUGUUGGAGGGCGGAUGAAGUCAUCUGAGCUUUGACGACUUUAUCAUCCCACUUGUGUUACCGCCCUCAUUUGCUGCAUCACUUAAUUAAGAAGUGAGCAUUAAUCAAUCAAUAAUGGCACCGUCUUUUUCCACACUCCUCAUGGGCAUAUUAGCAACAUUUAAUAUCACAAG